UGAUCUAGCAGUGCAGUGCGUUACCUCGCAUAGUAAAGUUCCUAUCAAUAUUUGUUGCGUCGUUAGAUCAGAUCAUUUUCAAUAAUCAGUCCCCCAACAAAUGAACCAUUUGUUCACAAGUAUUUUUGUUUAUUUAUUCACAAUGUGCUAGAGAGCAGAUAAGAAAAUGUGUCCAUCAGUAAAAAUAAGUAAAGCAACUGCGUAAUCGAACGUAAUUACAGGUGACACUCACCAACGAACUGUAGCUGGAUUCUGUACAGCAGAAAAUCAAAACAUCGUCAGCAUAAUCAUAAUUCCCGUCGAUUUACUUAUGUGAACAGGCUGUAUAAUGUUACGGAUUCCGCUCAACACAGUGGUAGCGGCACGAACGAUCGACCGUUUGCCGGAAAUAGCAAGAUUCUACUCACAUUUAACGUGCGCAAAUUCAUCGCCAAGUUUGAGGAAGAUACAGAAGACCGAUGUGAUUAAACAAAUUAUUCUCAGCCGGAAUUACUGCACAAUCGAAACUAAUAUCGACAGAAAGACCCUGUCGAGCGGAGACGACGUGCGCGCAGUCAGCAGCAGUGGGACGCAGCAGCAAGAAAAAAUCGGCAAAAAUAAAAACAACACCAGUAGAAGUAGCAGCAGCAGCAACAACAACAACAACACAAGCAGUAUUUCUAGCUCUCCUCUGACCGACCUGUUUGGCCGAUUUCACAGUUAUCUGAGAAUCUCGCUCACGGAAAGGUGUAAUCUACGCUGCAAGUAUUGUAUGCCCGCCGAGGGAGUACAGCUCACGCAAAAAGACAACUUACUCACAACGGAAGAAGUGCUUCGACUAGCCGGUUUAUUUGUGCAGCAAGGUGUUCGAAAAAUCCGUCUAACCGGUGGAGAACCGACGGUGCGAAAAGAUUUAACCGAAAUUGUGCAACGAUUGAAACUUAUUCCUUUGCUGGAAAGUGUUGGUAUUACGACAAACGGACUCAUGUUGACCCGUCAGCUAGUAGGCCUGCAGCGAGCCGGCCUCGAUGCACUAAAUAUUAGUUUGGACACGUUGAAAGCGGCCAAGUACGAACAGAUAACUCGGCGCAAAGGAUGGGAACGAGUAAUCGCUGGAAUAGAUUUGGCCAUCCAACUGGGCUACAAACCCAAGGUGAACUGCGUAUUAAUGAAGGGUUUUAACGAUGGUGAACUGUGUGACUUUGUUGCGAUGACCGAAGAUCGCGACAUUGAUAUCCGUUUUAUUGAGUAUAUGCCAUUCACCGGAAAUCGAUGGGACACCAGUACGAUGGUUCCAUUCCGCGAGGCUCUAGCCACGAUCCGAGCUCGCUACCCAGAUUUCGAGCCACUGGAAAAUGGUCCAAACGACACCUCAAAAGCAUACCGUGUCCCAGGUUUUCGGGGCCAAAUUGGCUUUAUCACCUCCAUGACGGAGCACUUCUGUGGCACUUGCAACCGGCUACGAAUAACAGCCGAUGGUAAUUUGAAAGUGUGCCUUUUUGGCAACACGGAAGUCUCGUUACGAGAUGCGCUGCGAGCCGGGUGUUCGGAGGACGAUUUACGCUGUUUGAUUUCUACAGCGGUCAAGCGAAAAAAGAAACAGCACGCAGAAAGUAUGCGUUUGCAUCACACAUACUCAUAUACACAUAAUUAUGAUACGUCGCGUUUAUACACGCACACGAUGGGGGUGCGCCACUAUGCCUCUCUCAGCCACGUGGACGAGCACACCGGAAAGGCAACCAUGGUCGACGUGGACGACAAGGUGUCUUCAAAGCGGGAAGCUAAAGCCCAAGCCACCAUCUAUGUGGGACCGAAGAUUUCUGCGCUGAUCGAAAGUAACGAACUGAAAAAGGGUGACGUACUCUCGAUUUCCCAAAUGGCUGGAAUAGUUGCUGCGAAAAAGACUUCCGACUUGGUCCCGCUGUGUCACAAUAUUCCACUGUCAUCGAUCAAGGUGGAAACCAGUCUAAAUGCUUCCACCCAUGAGGUACACAUCCUGACCAAGGUGAAAUGCGACGGGAAAACGGGUGUGGAGAUGGAGGCACUCACUGCCGCUUCCAUUGCGGCACUUACCGUGUACGAUAUGUGUAAAUCUGUUUCGCAUGAUAUCCUUAUCAAAAAUAUCAUGCUAGUAGAGAAAACUGGCGGUAAGAGUGAUUAUUUUAAGCCAGCGAACUGCCAACCCGCGAUGGAGCUCAUGACCGACGAGACCCCGAUUAUAGUUAGGCACUAUAAGACUGAUCCGAUUAAAAACGGUGAGGAAUUUGUUCCGCAGCACAUCUAGAGUGUCGCUUCCACUCUACCCAGAAGCCGGACAACGUGCCUUUUUAUAGGAAGCAUGAUUUUGAUUCCACUCGACCAUCUUUUAACCCAAGGAUUUGUUUGUUUUGCUUUUUUACGUCUAUAUUCUUGUCGAACACAACACUCGAAAACUUUAUUUCAUAAAAUGAUAUGAAUAUAAUCAAUGGAAACGUAUAAUUAAUCGUACGAUUGUCCCCAGUCAAGGGCCAUUUUGCUGCAGCCACGUGAAAUCGUUUGCAAACUGACUACCAACUCACCAUAAGCUUCGGACGCUAGACCUUUAUGUUUCGAGCUAUCAGCCAAUAUUUUCGGAUCCCGCAUCUCCGGGUUAACUCCAGUGAUCCAGCUCAUUGCAGCUGACCAUAUGUUGCUAAAUUUAGGCACCAACAGCGGUGCCCGCAGUGUGCGUUUCGUUCCGCCAAGCGGGCAAUGUAUUCUCGCGUAACCCCUGUUUGUUUCCACGUUCCAAACAUUGUUUCCAUACAAACUGAACACAAUCUGUGGCCAACCGUGCGGGUUGGUGGAUUUCAUCGUAAAUUCUAGAGGCAUAUUGAACACCACCAUCCGAUAGUCCCUCUCGGCCCUGGCACUUUGCGUAACUCCCGAUCGCAUGCCGGAUACCAGCUCCCAGUCAGGUCCUGCAACGAUAUCGUAACGGCAAAACAAACUGCUACCAUCUGGGCCCAUCGGGAAGUAAGCAGACUCCAGUUGUCCUGUUACGGCCAAAUGGAAGUAGCUUUCACUGUCUCCGACGGUGGAAGUUUCUUUCAUUUUUCCAAAACUGCGGACUUGUUUGGUCACAUUUCGUUUCUAAUGGUAACCGGACGCAUGCCUCUACGAUAGGAUAUUGAAUGCAAGAUUAGAUACAAGGAGCACGUGUUGAAUAGAAACUCAUACAUCAUCAUUCUUUUACUUUGAGAAAUAAAAAAAUAAGGUAAAAUUAUUUCGAGUGAGCUUAAAUCAGGCAUUUAUUGCGGGUGAAAUUUGCUUAUGCUAGGUUAGGAAUUUUGUACAAUCGAGUUUUGCGCGAUUGUUGGAAUUUCGGCUAAACACACACUAAUCACAUUUAUUAGCGAUAAGACAAUGAAAUUUAUGUUAAGUAUUUUAAUUUCUUUACGGGAUUAAAUUUGGAAAUGUA